AUGCCGGUAGCUUCCUUUGGUCCCGUAGCUCCAACUCUGGACAGGGUAUCAAAGAUGGCGCCAGGCGGAAGCAGCACUGUCCUCCUUGGGGGGCUGAUGGCCAUGGUGGCCACCCUCUUGCUGGGCGCAGCCACUCGCAAUUUAGGGGAUGAGCUGGUGACUCCAGAAGAAAUGGCCAUGCCUCGGUACCCCUCUUGUCCCAGCACAGGCAGCGUGUACGGGCAGGCUGAGGCUGCAAACGGUGAACCUGCUUUUGGAGCAUGUCCUGCUGGGGAAGAUGCGGAGAGCAGCGAUGGGGAUUCCCUUCCCCCACUGCGACUCAGCCUUGACUUCACAGCGGCGGAACUGGCGCGGCAAGUACCAGCUCAGCCCCAGCCUAAGGAAGCACAACUCCCCGGGCAGCUUUCGCAGAGCUUCUGCCGCGCUCAGCUUUCACUUUCACUUUCUCCGCCUCUCACAGGCGCAGGAAGCAGGAAAGCUCCGCUUGGACCCAGCACCUCGCAGCCCAGCACAGCCUUGCCGCAGUCCCCGCAGCCCUUGGAGGUUCCCGCAGCCCAGCUCCGUUACCGGCUCGGUCCUGGGACAUCCCUGAUGGAAACUGUGGUAUCCUGCGUUUCUUCGUGCUACGGGAUGGUAAAAUCCUGUCCGUCAGCCUGCUGGGCUGGGGCAGUGUCGUGCUGGCGGGCUUGGACCAGAGGUAUCAGAUCUGACUCCAUAGGCGACCAUGUGCCAGCCUUUGAGACGAUUCACUUCAUGCUGUACAAGAGCAUCCCCGGGCACGGUGAGGUCUUCCAGGAGGUGGCAGAGACAGCCCCGCAGCCCGGGGACAUCCUGCUCUUCCCCCUGAGCAGCUAUGGCUCCUGCAGCUCCCUCUUCAGACACGCAGCUGUCUGCUGUGGCGACGCCGAGGUCAUACACUUCCAGAACACGGAUGUCCAGAACAACGUUGGUCAGAUCAGCAAGGAAGGCUUCCGUGCAUUGAGAAGGGAAAGGGGGAGCUGCCUGAUGUACCGCAAAAGAGACGGGGUCGACCUCAAGGAGUUCCAUGGCAAAGUCCGGGAGGCAAUGCACAGCACAGGCAGCUAUUACCCAGGCACCAACAACUGCAUCCACUUUGCCCUCUGGCUUCUGGGCUUGGAGGGCGCCUACAUGCAUCUGGUGGAAGUCUCAGAUGAAGAUGGCAGAGGGAGGCUGGGUGGUGCUCCAUGAUGUGAAGGGACUGGCAAGAGCCACAUCAGCCUGAGGAUGACCAGCCCUGACCCACACAGGAGCCUCAGCAUUGCCCCACGCACCCCAACGCCUCAUCCCAGGGAAGGACCUCUGCUGCGGAGGAGCUGUUCCCUUCUGCUUGCUGGAACUUCAUUGCCAGGCAUGAGUUAGGUGCUUCAGGAAGGCUGCCUCCAUUAAAUGUCCCCAUUCCCUCCAGCAACAUCUUCAAUGACAAUAAAGCAGAGAGCACAACAGUGCAGAA